AUGAGAAUUCAAGACGCAGUAAAUCCUAUAAAAGAACUCCCUGGAGUGAAAAAGUAUGAAGUGGUUUAUCCCAGAAGACUUCAUCCACUGUAUAAAAGAGAGAUCAAGGAGCCAGAUAAACAGGACAAAUUUGAAACGGAACUGAAGUAUGAAAUGACAGUUAAUGGAAAAAUUGCAGUGCUUUAUUUGAAAAAAAACAAGGAUCUCCUUGCACCAGGCUACACGGAAACAUAUUAUAACUCCACUGGAAAGGAGGUCACCACGAGCCAGCAGAUCACGGAUGACUGUUACUACCAAGGACACAUCGUUAAUGAAAACAUCUCUGAUGCUAGCAUUAGCACAUGUAGGGGUCUAAGGGGUUUCUUCAGUCAGGGAGGUCACAGCUACUUCAUUGAACCUUUAAGCCCUGCAAAUCAUGACGAACAGGAACACGCACUCUUCAAGCAUGAUCCCAGUGAAAAGAAUACUGACAGCCACACCUGUGGGAUGGAGGACAUGCUGUGGACACAUGGAGUUGAUCGGAAUGGGGCCCCACCUGUCACCUUUCUGGUUAAAUCCAAAGACCGGAAGUCUCGGGAACAUAAGAAGUACAUAGAAUAUUAUUUGGUCUUGGAUAAUAGUGAGUUUAAAAGAUACAAUGAAGACCCAGAGAAAAUAAGAAAGAGGGUGCUUGAAAUGGUCAAUUACAUCAACAUGCUUUAUAAAAAGCUCAAUACUCACGUGACCUUAAUUGGGAUGGAAAUCUGGAAUGAUGGGGAUAAGAUACCGGUAACCCCAAAUGUAAGCUUGACCUUGGACUAUUUUUCUAACUGGAGGGGUUCCGUCCUCCUAAAAAGGCAGCGUCACGAUGUUGCUCAGCUAAUCACGGCCACAGAAUUUUCUGGAACGACUGUGGGCCUUGCUUUCAUGUCUACAAUGUGCUCUCCUUAUCAUUCUGUCGGCGUCAUUCAGGACCAUAGUGACAACGUGCUUAGAGUGGCAGGGACCAUGGCACAUGAAAUGGGUCAUAACUUUGGAAUGUUUCAUAACUCCAAGUUGUGUAAGUGCCCGUCUACAAACUGUGUGAUGGACAGAGCACUAAGCUUCUACAUCCCUUCGGACUUCAGCUCCUGCAGCCGAGCCAGCUAUGAAAAGUUCUUUGAAGAUAAAUUAUCAAAUUGCCUCUUUAAUGCUCCGUUGCCUAGGGAUAUCAUAUCCCUCCCGGUUUGUGGGAACCAGCUGUUAGAGACGGGAGAAGAAUGUGAUUGUGGGACUCCCGAGGAAUGUACCAACAUUUGCUGUGACCCUAAAACAUGUAAAAUCAAAGCAAGUUUUGAAUGUGCAAUAGGAGAAUGCUGUGAAAAAUGCCACUUUAAAAAGGCUGGUGCGGUCUGCAGACCAGCAAAAGAUGAGUGUGACCUGCCCGAAAUGUGUGUCGGCAACACUGGUCUUUGCCCUGAUGAUCGGUUCCGAGUGAAUGGCUUCCCUUGCCAAAAUGGGAAGGGCUACUGCUUGAUGGGGAUGUGCCCCACUCUGCAAGAGCAGUGCGCGGAUCUGUGGGGACCAGGAACCCAGGUUGCAGAUAAGUCAUGUUUCAGAACGAAUGAAGGAGGGUCAAAGUACGGGUACUGCCGAAGAGUGAACAACACUCACCUUCCCUGCAAAGCGAAGGAUGCCAUGUGUGGGAAGUUGUUCUGUCAAGGUGGGUCAGAUAGUAUGUCCUGGAAAGGAGAUAUAAUAACUUUCAAGACAUGUAAAACAUUUGAUUCUGAAGACAUCAAUCAAGAAUUAGGCAUGGUAGCCAAGGGAACCAAGUGUGGGGAUAACAAGGUUUGCAUUAAUGCAGAAUGUGUGGAUGUGGAAAGAGCUUACAAAUCGGCCAAUUGCUCCUGGAAGUGCAAAGGACACGCUGUAUGUGACCAUGAGCUCCAGUGUCAGUGUCAAGAAGGAUGGAUGCCGCCAAACUGCGAUGACUCCUCCGCCAGGCUGGUCUUCAACUUCUCCGUUGUGGUUGGGGUGCUGUUCCCUGUGGCUGUCAUAUUUGUGGUGGUUGCCAUAGUAAUGCGGCAUCAGAGCACCAGAGGAAAGCAGAACAAAGUCUGGAGGCAGGUUUUUGUCUUGCUUCGGGGACUCUUUGGCCUCUAA